AUGGCCGCGGCGGAGACUUACCUGCAAGGAGCGGAGAUCUCCGCUUCCCAGUUUUUCGAAAUCUGGCGUCACUACGACUCUGACGGCAAUGGGUACAUGGAUGGGAAAGAACUGCAGGAUUUUAUCCAGGAGUUGCAGCAGGCACGAAAGAAAGCAGGACUGGACCUAACCCCAGAAAUGAAAGCAUUUGUGGACCAGUUUUCAAAGUGUUCUGACGGAAAAAUAGGAAUAGUAGAGCUUGCUCAGAUAUUACCAACAGAAGAGAACUUCCUCUUGUUCUUUAGGUGUCAGCAGCUGAAAUCAAGUGAAGACUUCAUGCAGACAUGGCGAAAGUAUGACAGCGACCAUAGUGGAUUUAUUGAUGCUGAUGAACUCAAGAGCUUUCUGAAAGACCUACUACAGAAAGCAAACAAGCAGAUUGAUGAUUCAAAGUUGACAGAAUACACAGACAUCAUGCUCAAGAUGUUUGAUGAAAACAAUGAUGGAAAGCUGGAACUGACUGAAAUGGCCAGAUUGCUCCCAAUACAAGAAAACUUUCUCCUAAAAUUUCAGGGUGUCAAAAUGUGUGGAAAGGAGUUUAAGAAAGCUUUCAAUACAUUUGAUUCAGAUGGGAAUGGCUACAUAGAUGAAAAUGAAUUAGAUGCUUUACUGAAAGAUCUCUGUGAAAAGAACAAAACGGUAUUAGAUAUUAACAACCUUCCAACAUACAAGAAGAACAUCAUGGCCUUGUCUGAUGGAGGAAAGCUUUACCAAAGCGAACUUGCUCUUAUUCUCUCUGCUGCAGAAAAUUAG